CAACAUGCAAUAUAAAAAUGGAGGAUGGAAACUAAAGCUAAUGCAAUAUUUUUAUUUUAGGCAGUAGCACCAAAAAAUUAAAGCCCCAACGCAUCUAUCAAUUAUGCCAAAUUGCGAAUACAAGCAAAAGUUACUUAACACAAUAACAAUCCUUUUUUAUUUUGAAUGAAUUUCUAAUUGUCAGAAGCAAACACACUAAUGCAAACAUUUCUUCAUGAACUGACUCAUUUGGUUUUGAAGCAACCUAGUUGCAUCAGAUUCAGGAUAAAAAACGUGAAACACAUGUUUCUCUUCUUCAGCCUCAACAACAUUCACCUCUUUCACCCCUUUCUUCUUCACAAACUCAGCAUACAUAACACCUCUUUCCUUCAAAAAAUCCUUUCCAGCAACAUAAACCUCAACAGCAGGAAACUUCAACCAAACACUCUCACUCACAUCAUCUUUCUCAAAAUUACAACCAAAAAAAUCGCGGUCCGAAUCUUCAGGCAAACUCAAUCUCCAAAACAUAUCAUUCAUUUUCACAUCCUCAACACCUCCUUCUUCCUCCAUCUCUUUCUCAGUCCUUUUCUCACUCCCAAAAUAAGGAUGUAUAAGCAUAACCCCUUUAAUCUUCACAGGACAAAACCCAUCAUUUUGAAUAGCUUUAACAGCAACAUAAUGAGAAAUGUUACCACCAGCACUAUCACCAGAGAGAAAAACAUUUGAUAAAUCAGCAUGUCGUAGAAACGGUUCGGUUUUCACAUUUUCACCAAGCCAUUCAAGUGAUGAGUAACAAUCUUCAUAAGCUAUUGGAAGACGAUUCUCCGGUGCUAACCGGUAAUCAACAGAGAGAAUAAUGGACUGUGACGCGACGGAGAAAUCUCCGAGGAAGUUGUUGUAACCAAGCCAUGUUGUGGAACCAAUGCAAAAGCCACCACCAUGGAAAUAAACUAAGAGAGGUAGGAGUUUUUUGGUUGGAUUGUUUGGAAUGAAGAUUCUUCCUGUGAUGGGUUUUGUAGGGUCAAUGAUUAUGUCUUUGGAUUUGUAUUUGUUGGAUGAAUCUAAUGAGGGUGGUGCUAUUUCUGGGUUGAAACGUUUCACCGUUCCAUCUGAGAAAACUUGAAGAAAUUCUGGUGCUUCUGCAAUUAAGGACAUUUUAUUUUUGUUGCUUGCACAAAACUGAAGUGGUACUAGGUGGUCUUGUUAGGUUGGACAUGCAAAUCGUGCCCUGUAGCAUUUGAAGUUAAAAAAAGUUAAGGUGUUUUUUUCAUGAAACAAAAGAACAGAGUAAAAACUGAUAGGAAAAACAUGAAACGCGCCAGGUAGGGGUCGAACCUACGACUUUCUGCUUAGGAAACAGACGCUCUAUCCACUGAGCUACAGGCGCUUGUUGUUCUUUGUUACCGCAAGUUACAUUAUCUUUACUCUUUUGACUGUUGUUUUUGCAAAAAAGUUAUAUUUUGUUUAUUUUAAUCAAAAUAAUUGGGUUCAUGUGGUUAACGAGCUCCACUAAAAAUGAAUUGUUCAGAAGAAUUCAAAUUCCUAUGUAUAACAAUUA